GAAAUGCCUGCGGUCUUGGCCCAGCGCCUGGUCCCCUUGGACCCCGGGUUUCCGCAGUUCCGCAGAGGCGCUGUUGCGUAGGGAGGGAGGGUCCCGCGAGUUUUUUGCGAUCUCGAUUCUCUGUGCCUCUGUGGGAAGGCAGGACCCUGUUAGGACAGCGAUCCCACAGUGGGUUGGGAGGGGGAGUCUCAGAGGGACCCUGGCCCUUGACCUACCUAGAGAGAGAAUAGAGUUUGGCCAGCCCAUUGGCAAAAGCGUCGUUUCCUUGUCCCAAAGGGGAGGAGCGUGAUGGACGGGUUCCUGACUCCCCGGGAGUCCGCAAAAUUCAUUGCGGAAAACAGCCAGGAUGUAUUCAUUGAUGGUGGAGGCGUGCAGAGGGUGGCCGAGCUGCUGCUCACCAAGGCCUCGGGGCUGGAGCUGCGCGUGGGCGGCUGGAAGGCCCUUCAUGAGCUGAACCCCAGGGAGGCUGACGAGGCCGCGGUCAACUGGGUGUUCGUGACAGACACGCUCAACUUCUCCUUCUGGUCGGAGCAUGACGAGCACAAAUGUCUGGUGGGGUAUAGGGGGAGAACGUACAGUGGGUACUGGUCCCUGUGCGCCGCGAUCAACAGAGCCCUUGACGAAGGGAUACCAAUAACUAGUGCUUCGUACUAUGCCACAGUCACCCUGGAUCAGGUUCGGCAUAUAUUCCGUUCUGACACUGACGUUCCUAUGCCUUUGAUAGAAGAGAGGCAUCGGAUUCUCAAUGAAACCGGGAACAUUCUGCUUGAGAAGUUUGAAGGCUCUUUUCUUAAUUGUGUCCGAAAAAGUGAAAAAAGUGCACAGAAGUUAAUGCACCUGAUAGUUGAAAACUUUCCUUCUUACAGAGAUGUGACUCAGUUUGAGGGGAAAAAAAUUUCUUUUUACAAACGAGCCCAAAUCCUUGUGGCGGAUACAUGGAGUGUGUUAGAGGGAAAAGGAGACGGCUGCUUUAAGGACAUCUCCAGCAUCACCAUGUUUGCUGACUAUAGAUUACCUCAGGUUCUUGUUUACCUGGGAGCCCUGAAAUAUUCUGAUGAACUACUGGCGAAGCUUCUCAAAGGAGAAAUGCUGUCGUAUGGGAAUAGGCAAGAGGUGGAAAUCAGAGGGUGUUCACUUUGGUGUGUUGAACUGAUCCGAGAUUAUCUUCUGGAGCUUAUUGAAAAAAAGGGUGAAAAAAAUAGUGGAGAGAUCAAUUCCAUUCUUCUGGAUUAUUACUUAUGGGACUAUGCCCGUGAUCACAGGGAAGAUAUGAAAGGAAUUCCAUUUCAUCGAACGCGUUGCAUAUAUUAUUGAUCCAAAGAGUUAACUGAUCCGAAGAAAACUCCUUGCAUUUUUAUAUCACGUAAUCAUUUGUACGAUUUCACUUUGAUAUUAAGAGAAGGUGAUAGAAGUUAUAGCAAUAAGAACACUGAUUACCCAGUCUCACUUAAAAAUUUUUUCCAACAUAUCACUCUGUAUUCUCAACUUUACCUUUUUUCUGCUCAUUUGGUUUUGACUAUAUUUUCCCUUUUUGUUGACAUAUGAUGAAAAAUGAAAGAACUUUAAUGCUUUCUUUACAUUUCAGAUUUCUAAAAAUUAAUCAUGCCUUAUAAUGUGAUUAAUCUUCAGUGAUAAUAUUUCAUCUGUUCAGUUGGUAUCUUUUCUCAAGGUGUAAUUUUCUAUAUGUCUUAAUCAUUUGCUUUGAGAGGGGGGUUGGAUGGGGUCUUUGCUGUAUAAAUGCUGCUGCUCUUGUAAAAAAUUUUGACAGCUUAAGCUUUUUAUUGAUAAUGACAGUGGGUUUUGUACAUAAUGAUUUUCAGUUUAGUAUAUCUAUCUGUUUAAUAUUUUUUAACAGAGUAAAUAUAUUAGAAUUGAAUAAAGAUUUUAAAAAAUUUUCUAAAA